UCUCCUGGCAGCCAUCAUGAAGGGCAUAGUCUCAUUCUGCUGCUUCGUCAGCCUGCUGGUACUGACCUCAGCAGAGGAGGAAGAAGACGUCAUCGCCUCGACCAACAUCCUGAGAGACAGAUCGCACAUCGACAAGACCCUGAGGCUGGCCUUUGACGACAACGCAGCAGAAAGCUAUAAUGCUGCUCUUCAGAAGUUGCGUAAGAUCUACCACUCAGCCAUCAAGCCCAUGGAACAGGCCUACAAGUACAAUGAACUCAGAGCGCAUGAGAUCUCAGCCUACCCCGGACGAACACUGGGUGAUGGGAACACAGAUGGGGAGAUCACCUCCAAGCCUAUGGUGCUGUUCCUUGGGCCCUGGAGUGUAGGCAAGUCAUCCAUGAUCAACUACCUGCUUGGCCUAAAGGACAGCCCCUACCAGCUGUACACAGGUGCUGAGCCCACUACCUCCGAAUUCACUGUGAUCAUGCACGGUGAGAAGACCCGUUCCAUAGAGGGUAUCGUCAUGGCUGCGGACAGCUCGCGCUCCUUCUCACCCUUGGAGAAGUUUGGCCAAAGCUUCCUGGAGAAGCUGCUUGGCAUCGAGAUGCCCCACAAGCUGCUGGAACGGGUCACCUUUGUGGACACGCCUGGAAUCAUUGAGAACCGCAAGCAGCAAGAGAGAGGCUAUCCUUUCAACGAUGUGUGCCAGUGGUUCAUCGACCGCGCUGACCUCAUCUUUGUGACCUUUGACCCCACCAAACUGGAUGUAGGUCUGGAGCUGGAGAUGCUCUUCCGACAGCUGAAGGGCCGUGAGUCCCAGAUCCGCAUUAUCCUCAACAAAGCAGACAACCUGGCAACGCAGGACCUGAUGCGUGUCUAUGGCGCACUCUUCUGGUCACUUGCACCCCUAAUCAAUGUCACUGAGCCCCCAAGGGUCUAUGUCAGCUCCUUCUGGCCCUACGAAUAUGCACCUGACACUAGUCGUGACCUCUUCAAGCGCGAGGAGAUCUCCCUCUUAGAAGACCUCAACCAGGUGAUUGAGAACCGCCUGGAGAACAAGAUCGCCUUCAUUCGCCAACAUGCUAUCCGGGUUCGCAUCCACGCCCUUUUGGUGGACCGUUAUGUCCAGACCUUCAAGGAUAAGAUGAGCUACUUUAGCGACCCUGAUCUGGUGUUCAAGGAGAUUGUGGAUGACCCGGACAAGUUCUUCAUCUUUAAGUCCAUCCUGGCCAAGACAAAUGUGAGCAAGUUUGACCUGCCGAACCGGGAAGCCUACCAGGACUUCUUCGGAGUGAACCCGAUCAACACUUUCAAGUCUCUGUCUGCCCAGUGCUCCUAUACUGGAGGCUGUCUAUUGGACAAGAUCGAGAAGGCCAUCACCAGCGAACUCCCGGGUCUCCUGGGCAGCAUCAACCCCAGCAAACCUCCUCCCGGUCUGUCCUCCUGCGAGACCACCGGAUGCGGAGAAAAGCCUAAGAAUCGCUAUCGUAAAAACUGAUAGAAUACAAGAGAGAGAAAGGGAAGAGAAGGAGGUAGAAGGAGGUGUGUAGAAAUGUUAGGUGAAAAAGAGAAAGGGGAACAGCUACUUUUUUUGCAAAACCCCAUGCUUGUCAGAAGCCUGUAUUGUCAUUGUUUGAGGAGACAGGAGAACGGCGGGGUUUCUUUUAGAUGAUUUUGUUUCUCAGGAGAAAAAGAGGUGAUGGUGUGUUAAGGGUUUGGGGAGAAGAGAAGAUGGAGGGAGCGUUUGUGAGUAUGAUUUGGCAGCUGAGGAGAAAUUGAUGCUAGGAGCGAUGAGAAGAUUACAGAAGAAAUAAGCCACAAAUAAACAAAUCUACCUCCUCUCUCCUUUGCACAACCACAAUGAACUGUCUUUGAUUUUGGGAGGGGAGGGGGGCGAACAUAUUUGUGGAGAAAAAAAUAAACAAAAAGGGAAAGAAAAUGGUAUAAAAAUUAUACUGACACAGUCAACCACCAGCUCCUUUGUAUGUGAAUAAAAUGGGAAAUUGGAAACAGGAGUUGCCAAUUUGUUUUUAUAAAAUCUUAAUUCAAAAAUGCAUUUCAGCAGGUCACAAUUCUCUGCAACUUUCUUUUUCUUUCUUUUGAAGUAUUAGUUUGGGUUCAGUCUUUUCAAAAGACGUUUGAGCUUGAUCUUUUUCCUCUCCUGUGAAGGCAUUAUAAGCUCAGUCUAUUGGUCUAAUAAUAUUGUUACGAUUUUAACACUGCAUGAUAUCGGAUGGAGUUUAAUAACAGAUAAUAUUAUAGGUGCAUGUAUUUACCUUCCUCAUUUCUAACUAUAAUGUUACCCUAACCCUCUGACAAACCUUAUGGCGCAGACCCAACAAAACCUAUGGUGCAGUAAGAUGGCUACUCGGUCAGACAACUUUGUUUUAUUUGCUUAUUCUCAUUCUCUGUUUUUGACAGCCUGUGGUAUAAGCACUCUCUUGAAAGCAGAAGUCAGGCUUCAGGAGUCACCUUUAUAUCCUAUUGGUGAGGGGUGCGGGGUUUGGGGCGUACGCUCUGCUUCAUUUCUACUUUCCUAUUGUUGUUUGAGUCUAUUUUGCCAGCCUGGUCACCAAGAACCCUCCUGGCGUAAUGCAAGACAAAGUAUAUACAGGAGUUUGUUAGAUCUUGCUACACAUUUUAUAAUGUCUGAUAGGAAUCCAACAUUGUUUUUCAAAGUGUUCUUUUUCCUUUAAAUAUAAGAUUGCCAGCUAUUUUUAUCAGAAUGACCAACAGGAUAUCAAAGUGAAUCAUGAAUAAUAAACAACGUUUCCAUGGUGUGACAGUAAAUAAAUCCAGUUCUGUGUG